GGGACUAGGAGGAUAGGGCGGCGGAGAGAGGGGGAGAGAGAGAGAGAGGUGGCGAAGGUGUUCCAGCACUCCGCAGCAUCCACAGGGAAGACGAGCGUCCAGGGGUGGUGACCUGCAAGCCGCGAGAGCCUAGCCUAGCUCCGAUCAGCUCCGCGAUCCUCUAUUCUCCAGGAACCAUCGGAUCAGAGGAUUCUUCCCCGGAGCAAGCAACGUCGAGGACUAUCGAUCACCCGUCGGGAAGCUCGGAGGAGAGAUUGAAGAGAGGAGGAUACAGAGAAGAUCCUCAUCGUCAUCGUUAGGACACGGAGGAGGACGCUGCGAACCCGCGGUGUGCACCUGUCGAUGCGCCUACGCGUGCCAAUCGCGGACGAACACACCGAUCGAUCCUAGCCGAACGGACGGCGUCGACACUUCCGGGGAACCCGUCCGCGGCCGGCGUUCGUUGUUCCGUCUCGGUUAAUUAGAGGAGCGUGCGCGAGAGCCCCGAGAACCGGAGUAGCCGGCCCGACUCUGGCUGCGUGGCCGACUGCCUGGCUGCCUUUAUAUCUGGAGCAGCCGAUCCUCACUCUGAUCCCCGUGACCUUGUGACACAACGCGCGACCACCGCACUCCGUGCCCGUCCUAUCCGUGCGCCCCCCGUGUGUAUGUGUCCGGGAUACCUCGCGUGUAUACGUGUCGGUGCGCGCGUUGUCUAUCCGGCACACGGGCUGCGUGUGUACGUGAGGGAGGGAGGAAGGAAGGAAGAGCGCGAGGCAGAUAGACGGACGGGCAGAGAGAGAGGGAGAGGGACAGGCUCUCUCGCGUACUAGCCGGGGAAGAGGAGGGAUGCGGAAGAUCAGGCUGAAGCGUUGAACAGGCUACACACCCUCCGCGGAAGCCGUCCGGGUGGCGCGUGUUCCUCCCGUCUCGCUGCUCUCCCGGCCUCGUUCGUUCCACAGCGCCCGGGUUGCUGUCGCUGCUGCUGCUGCUGCCGCUGCCGCCGCUGCUGCCGCCGCUGCCGCCGCUGCUGUCGCCGUUGCUGCUUCUCUCCGCGAGGGAGGAUAUAUUGUUUUCUACGACCGGAGAGGGAACCGACCGCUCCGGAGCACGGUGCGCGGCGCCGACCCUUGUGACCGGCCACUGGCGAGUCAGGAUUCCGGGAGUUCUUUGAUUCCGCGGCUCGCGCGAGUGAGGGUUCCUCGAGUUCCGCAGACACAUUCUCGGAGAUGUGCACGUCGGUCCGUUGACGCACGCUGAUCCCGAGGCUCGGGUUUAACGGUGAUCCGGCUUGUCUUUCCGUCGUCCACCGAGGAGACUCUUUUUCAGUGGCGAUCGGUUACGGUAACGAGGGGUGAGGUCCGAGAGUUUCGACGCCGAGUGACGGAUAUCUUCGUUAAAGAGACUGCUCUAAGGGAGGAGGAGGAGGAGGAGGAGGAGAGGAGCUCUGGUUCCUGCAGAAGGGAUCGUCCCGUUUAACCGCGACUCGGAAGUGUUUCACGGGGGAUCGGGACUGCGGACGCCGGGAGGGGAGCAGAGUGGAACGUGGGAAAGAGUGGCCGAACGAGGGUGAAUCGGCGGCACACGCAGAGGACGCCGAGAGCCAGAGAGGCCGCUGGAACAGGGAGUCUAGCCCACCCCCGGAGGAUCGAAGACGCGACGGGAGAACCAUGAGCGAGGGCACGCCGAAGUCUCAGGGAAAAACUGUGCCCGAUGGCUCGCCAGCUCGACUGGAAGCCGGCGAUGGCGGCGGCGCCGGCAGAGACAGCGAUCCCAUGGUGGGCGGCGGGAACGCCGAGAAGAAGACGGGAUACGAGACCAAUCUCUUCCUUUACAGUGAAGAGAUGGAGGAUCGGCCUCGAAUCUCGACGCUGCUCAACAGCCUAUCGAAUUACAGCAACACGAUUCCAGCAGCGACCGAUCCGGACGCGAAACCGCCGCCGGUGCAAGGCGGCGCGCGGAUGGGCACGCUGAUCGGCGUCUUUCUUCCGUGCAUCCAGAACAUCUUCGGCGUAAUCCUGUUUAUCCGUCUGACGUGGGUGGUCGGCACGGCUGGCGCCAUACAGGGUUUCUUCAUUGUACUCUGCUGUUGCUGCGUGACUAUGUUGACUGCGAUCAGUAUGAGCGCCAUCGCGACCAAUGGCGUGGUGCCUGCCGGCGGGUCCUACUUCAUGAUAUCAAGAAGCUUGGGCCCCGAGUUCGGCGGUGCUGUGGGGAUGUUAUUCUACACGGGCACCACUUUAGCCGCUGCUAUGUACAUCAUCGGUGCCGUGGAGAUUGUCUUGACGUACAUGGCGCCCUCGCUGAGCAUAUUCGGUGACUUCACCAAGGAUCCGAGUAUCAUGUACAACAAUUUCCGCGUGUACGGGACGGGUCUGCUAAUGGUGAUGGGCACGAUCGUGUUCGUCGGCGUGAAGUUCGUGAACAAGUUCGCGACGGUCGCCCUCGCUUGCGUGAUCCUCUCGAUCGUGGCCGUCUACGUGGGCCUCUUCUACAACUUCUACGGCAACGAGUCUCUCAAAAUGUGCGUCCUCGGUAAGAGAUUGCUCAAGGACAUCGACGUGUUAACGGAUUGCAACAAGGACGUGAACGGAGCCCUGCAUAAGCUUUACUGCGGAAACGGGAGCGUGCCUAUUCACAAAUGCGACCCGUACUACUUGAAUCACAACGUGACGAUCAUCAAUGGUAUCCGUGGACUGGCCAGCGGUGUGUUCUUAGACAACAUAUGGGACAGCUUCCAAGAAGAGAACCAGCUGAUCGCCUACGGAAAAGACCCAGUCGACAUCGAUAAUCUAGCGUCGACUAGCUACAAUCAGAUCCAAGUCGACCUGACCACUACCUUCACCAUCCUCAUCGGUAUCUUCUUCCCUUCGGUCACAGGUAUCAUGGCCGGCUCAAACAGGUCAGGCGACUUAGCGGACGCCCAGAAGUCAAUUCCGAUCGGUACGAUCUGCGCCAUAUUGACAACCUCAACGGUCUACCUCUCCUGCGUGUUGCUCUUCGCUGGCACAGUGGACAAUCUCCUUCUCCGUGACAAAUUCGGCCAGAGUAUCGGUGGCAAACUGGUGGUAGCAAACAUGGCCUGGCCGAACCAAUGGGUGAUCCUGAUCGGUUCGUUCCUGUCUACCUUGGGCGCUGGCCUCCAGUCACUGACAGGCGCUCCUCGUCUUCUCCAAGCCAUCGCCAAGGACAGCAUCAUCCCGUUCUUGACGCCGUUCGCGACAAGUUCGAGCCGCGGUGAGCCGACACGAGCCUUGGUCUUGACCGUGAUCAUUUGCCAGUGCGGCAUUCUUCUCGGCAACGUCGACUACCUCGCUCCACUGCUGUCCAUGUUCUUCCUGAUGUGCUACGGGUUCGUCAACCUCGCCUGCGCCCUGCAGACGCUCCUCAGGACACCAAACUGGCGACCGAGGUUCAAGUACUACCACUGGAGCCUCUCCUUCCUCGGGCUGUCCCUGUGCAUCGCCAUCAUGUUCAUGACCAGCUGGUACUACGCACUGUUAGCCAUGGGGAUGGCGGGCUGCAUCUACAAGUACAUCGAAUACCGUGGCGCCGAGAAGGAAUGGGGAGACGGUAUCCGUGGUCUGGCUCUGUCCGCCGCUCGCUACUCCCUGCUGCGACUGGAAGAGGGCCCCCCUCACACGAAGAACUGGCGGCCGCAGAUCCUGAUCCUGGCCAAGCUGACCGACGACCUGGUGCCGAAGUACAGGAAGCUCUUCGCGUUCGCCAGCCAGCUGAAGGCGGGCAAAGGUCUCACCAUCUGCGUCAGCUGCAUCGGCGGGGACUACAUUCAGAACUCCGGGGAAGCGUUGGCCGCCAAACAGAAUCUCCGCAAGACGAUCGUCGAGGAGAAGGUCAAAGGGUUCGUGGACGUCCUGGUCGCCAGGAACAUCGUCGACGGUUUGAGCUCGUUGGUCCAGAACACCGGGCUGGGCGGAAUGAAGCCCAACACCGUGAUCCUCGGCUGGCCCUAUGGCUGGAGGCAGUCGGAGGACGAGAGGACCUGGAGAGUCUUCCUGCAGACCGUCAGAGCUGUCGCCGCAGCGAAGAUGGCGCUGCUGGUACCCAAAGGGAUCAACUUCUUCCCGGACUCCACGGAGAAGGUGGUCGGCUACAUCGACGUCUGGUGGAUCGUCCACGACGGCGGCCUCUUGAUGCUCCUGCCCUUCCUCCUGAAGCAGCACCGCACGUGGAAGAACUGCAAGAUGAGGAUCUUCACCGUCGCGCAGAUGGAGGACAACUCUAUCCAGAUGAAGAAGGACCUGAAGAAGUUCCUCUAUGACCUGAGAAUCGAGGCGGAAGUCGAGAUCGUGGAAAUGAUGGACUCCGAUAUAUCAGCGUACACGUACGAGCGAACCCUAAUGAUGGAACAGAGGAAUCAGAUGCUGAGGGACCUGCGAUUGAACAAAAAGGAGUCGCAGGGCGUGGUGCAGACAUUGGUGGACUUCAACGAGGUACCCGCCGAAGACAAUUUACCUCUGGUGCAGGCGAUCGUCGACCACCAUCGCAACGUGGACGUGAAAGUGGCGACCAAGGUCAGGUUCCAGGAGCCGGGCAGCCAAAACGCUAAUCUGACCGACGACGCGCUGGAGAAGCUCGUGCAGGAGAGCGAGGCCGCGAAGGAAGCGGAAGCCGGCGAGAGCAACCAAGCGGCGGGCGACGCGAAGGACGGCAACGAGGAGCAGGCCAAGCUGAUUGGCGGCUCGCCGAAGCAGGACAACAAGGAGAACACCGAGAACGAGGCGAAGGAGAACGAGGAGAAGAAGGAUAGCCCCGAAUCGAAGAAACCCACCAUUACACCGGACGAAGGCGACGUGAGACGUAUGCACACAUCCGUGAAGCUGAACGAAGUGAUCGUGAACAAGAGCCAUGACGCUCAGUUAGUCAUCCUCAACCUGCCUGGCCCGCCGCGGGACACCAAAAUGGAGCGUGAAUCAAACUACAUGGAAUUCCUGGAGGUUCUCACCGAGGGUCUGGAGAGGGUGCUGAUGGUGCGCGGUGGCGGACGGGAGGUGAUCACGAUCUACUCGUGAACUAGACCGGGACGGACCGAAGUAACCGCCUCGCGAAAGCAAAAAUCUAGUUUACUUCUCAAAGACCUAAACGACUUCACCCUAAGGAACACGUUGCUCUUGUGCCAUUGUCUGAGCAGUCACUUGCGUUUCGCGUUGUGAACACACACACACACACACCAACACACACCGAUACACGCGUACUUCCACACAAACAAACACAGACACACGCCUACACGCUGAUCACCGUUGAACAACACGAACAACACAGUAACAAAUCGAAAGGGAACGAAAGGAACAGGUAAAAUGGGAAAUUGAAAGAGACGAGGCCGAAAAUGAAACAACAGGAAAAAGAAUAGAGGAAAACCGUGGAGUCGACGCGCGUUUCGAUGAUGUUCGGCUCGGAUCGAGCUGGCGUCGCUGAACGCCAAAAGUGACGAUGCCAAAGGAUUCAAAGUGUCUCCAUGCUUCGCGAAACGACCGGCGAACGGAGGAUGGAUCGACGCGCAGAGGAAAGGGAUGAGAAAGAACCGGUGGGAACGAGGAACGGGAGCCCGAGGGAAACGCGAUGCGACAGGAAAGGAUGAAAAGAGAAACGAGAAAGGACAUUUUACCACACGCGGUUCGAACCCUAGGAUUGUACCGUAGGAUAUCUUAACCUUAUUUACGAACUCGUCCCUUUCGUUCGAUGAGGAGAACCAGACACGCAAGGAGACAAGUGGUUUUAAUCCGUAUACAAAGAACACACGCGAACGAACGAGAAAAAUCGAGAAAAGAGGGAGCAAAAAAAACACACAAACAAAUAAACAGAAACCAAACAUGUACGAACGAACCCAGAACAUCUCACUCUAUCUUUCUUCCUCUCUCACUCUCCCUCUCUCUGAUCUAUCUAUCUCCCUAUCUCUCAACACACACUCUAUCCCUUUCUCUCUUUCUCUCCGCGCGUUAAACGAGAAAAGGAGGACAACAGGACAUCGUUAAUCGAGGACGUCAUUCAUUGAUUAAAAAAAAAAGGAACCAUGAGAAUUACUCGGAGCACGUUUGCUCGUCGUGCGAGGAGAGUGUUCGACAACGAAGAAGAAGAAAAGAAUGAAAAGCGUCGACGAGAUAAACGAAAGUACGCCGAGAGUAAUCUAUAUGAAAUGAAACUCACGCUCCGAUUCUAAUUGAACAAACGUGCUACUCCCGUUCGAAACUGAAAUCAAAAUUUUUUGGUCCGAGGCUAAGAUCGAAGCAUCUACGAAAACCACUGCCAGAAUACUUUCUAAAUGCUUCGCGUUUAACCAAAGACGCGAGAGGCUCAUUUUUCUACACGCAUUGUCGUUAAAUAGAGAGUAUAUAUAUAUGAACAUGAUACACGUGUGUGUGUGUGUGUAUAUACACAUAUAUACAUAUAUAUGUGUAUGUACAGAUAUACGUAUAAAUAACGUGUAUAAAUAUAGGAAUGUCGCGUUACGAGAGGAUUCUAUGUAUAUGUGUAUACGUAUACAUAUAUAUAUAGAUAUACACAGGCACGUCAGAUACGUAUAAUUCUGCCGCUUAUAGGUGAAAACUUAGGGUAGCCUAGGAUAGAGCGCUCAAACUAUGCCGACGUACGCGCACGCGUGCCGGAAGUUCGGCCCGUGAACGCUGCCGCGCGCGGACUUGGCUCGCGCGGACGACGAAGGACUUAUUACACGGAAGCUCCUCGCGACUUCCGGUUCCCGCGAUUCCUGGCUGGAAGGAGAUCCCGCCGCUUCGGUCUGAACGCGGAUGUUUAUGCGCCUGCGUCUCGAGGGGGACGAACGUGCAACUCGAUGAUGUUCUCGCUUUGAGGAUGUAUGUUUGAAUUGUUUGGAUAUAUAUUGUUAUUGACGCGAGGCGGCGAGGAGAGUUCUAUUGAGAUUCGAGGGAUAAUAUAUGUUUGAAUUGUUUGAAUGUAUAUUGUUAUUAGCUUGAAGGGAUGAUGAGACGGCUCUAUUGAAAUUCGAGGGAUAAUAUGUGUUUGAAUUAGCUGAAUGUAUAUUGUUAUUGGCACGAGGCGAGGAGAGUUCUAUUGACAUUCGAGGGAUAAUAUAUGUUUGAACUGUUUGAAUGUAUAUUGUUGUUUCGGAAAGAUGAUAAGGACAGUUCUAUUGAAAUUCGAGGGGUAAUAUAUGUUUGAAUUAGUUGAAUGUAUAUUGUUAUUGGCACGAGGUGAUAAGGAAGACAAUUUUAUUGAAAUUCAAACGAUAAUAUAUGUUUCAAAUAUUUAAAUGUAUAUUGUUAUUGGCACGAGAUGAUAAAGAAGACAAUUUUAUUGAAAUUCAAAGGAUAAUAUAUGUUUAAAUUAGUUGAAUGUAUAUUGUUAUUGGCACGAGAUGAUAAGGAAGACAAUUUUAUUGAAAUCCAAAGGAUAAUACAUGCUUGAAUUAUUUAAACGUAUAUCGUUAUUGGCACGAGGUGAUAAGGAAGACAGCUCUAUUAAAAUUCAGAUAAUAAUAUAUGUUUGAACUAUUUGAAUAUACAUUAUUGAUAUUCUAUUGGAAAGAUAGUGAUGAAUAUCUAUGAGGAGGAAUUUUUAUUCGAGUCCUGGUAAUAACAUAUGAUUAAAUUAUUUAUAUGGUAUUGUUAUUAUCUUGGCAAGAUGAUAUACACACAUAUAUAUAGAGAAGUGGAAUUUCUAUUCAACUGAGUAAUAAUAUAUGUUUGAAUUAUUCGAAUAUAUAUUAUUGUUAAUAUCACGAGAAAGUAACGACGAAUAUAUACAUUAAAGAGGAACGUUUAUCAUUCAGCCGCAGCGUUUGUACACGUUUCGCAUAAAGAUCCGCGAUUCGACGAUCGGUGACGAUCCCCCAUUCGUUCAGAAGAUCCUGAGGGUUGCCAGGACGACGGCCGCGCGAAUGGUCACCGGCGGCGUAUUAAGAAAAGUAUAUUACUGCCACAGUCUUGAUGUUAGGGUUACAUUGAAAACUAAACCGUAGUUUGAACGAGUUUAACGAAGAUCGUGACUUUGUAAUUCUCGAGGACGACCCUGGAACGAUGCUCGAAACACUUUCCCACCUCGCCGGUCGAGCUUCCGGUCGUUUUCGCUAGUCGCGCGAGCGGGCAUCUUGGAAACUGAACAACUAUAAACUCUCGACCAUACACAAUGAAGGAAACAUAAAUGACGCAAAGUUGGAGGAUCGUUAAACUCGAGUACCGUUAGUUCGUCACACUGAAGUCUAUUCGAAGGAAACACGCAAGAUCGGUUCUGUGAUUUCCAAUCUCUCGUUUAAAGGAAAACCAGAGGAACAGGUUUUUCCAGUGUCGUUCUGGGGUUAACAAUUCUAAUUGUCGUAUCGUUGUCUCAGAGAUAAAAACAGCAAUAGACCUCUAAACGUGUUAGGGAAAGUCUAAUCCGCCUCGCAGCGACGUAACGAUUUAAGGUUAACUAUAACUUAGGAUUCUUGUACAGAGAUGUAGAUCUAUCGAGCCUACGAGGUACAUAUUACCGAGGAAUUCUUAAGUAUCACUUAAUCUAUCGGUAACGUAACCGUUAAGCGGAGUGCCGACACGCGAGAUCGCGCGGGUGUAUUGCGCGGGCAAGCGAUCGCUCGAACGUUCCGCGGUUCACAUUGAUGUUAUUCGAUUCUCACGCCAUCGGGACGCAGAUGCUCCCCGUACAGGUGCACCAUAGGGAACGAACGAAAGCCAGUUACCCGAGUAUCUCGAUUUUAAAGAUAAAUUAAGAACGUUCAUUCUCGCUGACGGUUCUCCUUAGAAGGAAUUUUAUAAACGAUUCUCUCCAUUUAGAAACCAUUUACGCGCGUCUCGUUCUCAACGCGCGCGCAACAGUAACAUGCGAUGUAGCCACGGUUAAAUUUUUCAUUUCGAAUUUUUUAUUACGAACGGACGCGAGGGAAUAUUAAACGCUCGGCUGCCCGUUCGAUUUUAACGUAAUCGUUCUCAUCUCUCUUUCUCUCUCUAUCUAUCUAUCUAUCUAUCUAUCUAUCUAUCUAUCUAUCUAUCUAUCUAUCUCUCUUUCUCUCUCUCCCUCUUUCUCUCUCGGAACAGUUCGAAGAGACAAUCUCGCGAGAGAACCACUUCUCAUCGUAACGACGCGAAGAAAAGCAGCAGGAAAAAAAAUGUCCAAAAAGGAAAACAAAAGAAAAAGAAAAGUUAGAAGGAUUAACGUCGAAUUAACGCACAGAUAACACUCUUCACCCCUUUUAUACUUGACUAAAUCGAUCCCGAGCGUCCCCGCGAACGAAGGUUCGGCCAGCAGCGUUCCCGAUCCGACCCGGAGUGCGCGCGAGCAACCGAUCGACGAACCACGGCGAACGUUCACGCGUCCCCUUCAGGACUGAAGCUCGUUUUCCUUUGUCGUUCACCUUUAUUUUUCUUGGCCAGUCGCAAUCCGCCGACCUGUCGCGCGUCGAUGACCUCGUCUUUGCUCGCGUUCCCAUCGUCCAAGGCCUACCGACGACCUUGACCCUUAUUUCGGCAACCGACGUGUUCGAGUUCGCCCGAAUUUCUUGUAACAGACACGAGCCAUGAAACGAUUCUCUCGUUCGUGAACGAAACUAUUACAUUCUAAUAGAUACGAAUAUUUGUUACAAUACAUUGAUGAUAUUGCGAACGUUAUACUUUGACGAUGUUACAGUUUCGAUGGAAUCUUAUCAAAUUCUCGCGAGUACGUGUGAAUUAAUGGUAAACGAUUAAGCUCUUGACCUACAAUAUUAUCAGACUCGUGAAAAUUGUCAAUCGAAUGUCAGAUGUCCGAGUGUUAUUUGUUUUCUUUGAAUAUGAAUUAAAUAUUACUUUUCUAUUAUCAAUCAACCUUUACAUAGAAGCAUCGAAAUUCUUUGUUCCAGUAAAUUAUUAGUGAUAAAGUAUUUGUAUCGAUCACAGAAUGAAUAACGGAAAAUGGCUGCCGGUUGCUGACACGAGGGUUACGGUCGGCCAUCGCCGUGACAGCGCGUGAGACGGAUGAUCUUCGUUUAACCGGUUAACCGGGUUCCGCCAUUUUGUUCAGUCGCAUCGUUUCCUCUGUUUCGUGAGAAAAUUCGACUAAAUUUCCUGUGAAUUCUUAUCGGAUGAGAUUUAAGACGUAUCAACUUGAUUUUUCUCGUUUCUACCGACAACGAUUUCGAAUGUUUCGUCGUAUUAAUUCUCGCGGGACAACCCGGUUGACGAGUUAACGGAGAAUUACAUUUUACUUACGCGACGAAUAGGAAAUAUACAGACAUAUAUAUAUAAUAGGGAAUUAACCGCGUUUCGUUAUCGUUAUUAGCGGACUGCGAAUGUUCGCGCUGUCCCCAGGUGUCGGAAUGGAAUUUCCGGGAAGUAAUAUUACACGGAAACUUAUUUUACAAAGUUCGAACGCACUGUACGCGACACGAAGAUCCUGAGAAAUGUUACUUUAACGUUUGUUUCGUCGUCGAAUACAUUACAAACGCAUGAACAUUCGCAGUUGUAUCGUUAGGGAAGUUUAUCGAGGUGAGAAGACGAAAUGCAGACGGAUUUCGUCCCGCUGUCACACCGUUCGGUCCCUCUUAACCGGACCGCCAUCUUGGUUUUCCCCUUAACCGACUCUCAUCGAAGGACAGCGUUAGCGAACGGUCGCGUUUAAGUGUCGUGUGCAUGUCACGUUUCAUGCACGGCCCUCGGCCGUGUUUCAUUUAGAUAGGCACUAUCUAAUACGUAUAUAUACAUACAUAUACAUACAAAUAAACAAAUGAAUAAUUACCGUAUCGUAUGCGCGUGUAUGUGGGAACGUGCAGCGUACGCGAGACGAACCAGAAUUCACGGCGUGAUCGGUAAACGCAGAAUUCUCCGAUUCGAAGGGAAAGCCAAACAGGGAAAAUCGAUGUCAGAUCGAGCGAACAUUCGCCACCAAAGAAAUCGUGAUACCAAAAUGAAAUUCAUUGAAGUUCUCGCUGUUGAGAACGUUCGUAUUGAAGCGUACGUGUAAAAUUUCCGGUUUCAUUAGUCGAACAUUCGGCGCUGAGAGUAUCUCUUAAGUUGGAAAGUGUCCGAACGCGUUCGGUUCGAACUGCGAUCGGCCGUCGAGGACGGUGGAAUCGAUUAUUUCGUCGUGGAGCCGUGACUUCCGGUUCACCGGGUCCGCGUGAAGCAUACGCAAGCGCGUGCACGCGAUUAAAAUAGUUUAUGUGCGAAGCGGGAGUCGAGAACCGACGAACCGAGGUCUUUUUAAAACUAGGAGUAACGACGUGACGCGGGUGACUUAACUGUCACCGUCGCUGUCUACUUGAAUCGAUGUCCGUGAACGCGUCACGGUUUCCGGGGAAAGAGUUUAUCCAAAGCAGGAGAGGAGCCGAGCACUCGGGGAACCCCCGCCGCCGUUUGCGAACCGGUCGAGGGACGGGAGACGUUCUGAAAUCGUUUCUUCGGCAGUGGAGAAGUCGCGACUCGGUGUGACGUCCGUUAUCCUGACGAUGUACACGGUGGUCCGAGAAUAUCGGUACGUUGCGGACACUCGUAAGAAUGAAGGAAAGUGGCGUAAUCGAUAUUUGGAGGUCCCGAAGCAGAAAGAUCUCGCGAUACGAUACUUCAAUCGAUGAAACGUUUUAUCUUUAUCUUUUGCCAUCGACGUGUACAUCAAUCUAGUCGCUUAAUCUUGCUCCGUUCUGAGAAAAGUGAAUUAACACAGCAAUAUGUACUUAUUCCAAGCGUUCGAGUAGUUUUCCUCAUUGGUCGUCGAUAAUUUUUAGAGUUGAUUUGUGUCAUUGUUCGACUUUCAUUUUACCGCUGUACUUAAUCGAAGGUGCUUGCAUCCAAAUCGCGAAUUCCUUUGAAACUUCGAGCUCUGCUGUUUCUCUGAACACUCUGUACACGGUUGGAUAAAAGGAGGCAUUAAAAUGAAAGUAGCAAAUGGGACUGGGAGACGAAGCUGAGGGAUCGUCCGAGGACAGGAAGCUGAGAACUCGGUGCCGAAGAGUCUGGUCUCUUUAUCUACCUCAUCGCCAGCGUGUUGUCGAAGAGGGCCAGCGAUCGCGGAAGAGAACGGAUCCACAAAAGCAAUACAAACGCCAAAGAAAGGGAAGAGGAGACGAACGGAAAUGGGAAAGACGAAGAUGGAUGCCCGAGGAACGCAAACGCACGGGUUCCGCGAGACGCUCACGCCUCUCUCGAAUCUAAUCUUAUCGUCCACGAUGUUGCGACAUGUACUUUCUAAUUUUAAUACGUUACUCACUUGUCGAUUACCAUAUAUUUUAUGUGUACUUGCCUAUCUGAUAGGCAUCGGCACUGCAUAGUUUAUACGAGACAUGUUGACUAUGAGAAAAGUUUAUUCGCGGCGUGGAAUACGGAGAGGAAGAUUCGCUCGGAGCUUUGCGGGACCGCGCGAAUUGUUCGGGCUGCAGAGCUAGAUAAAUGACGGUGGAGAAGGUAACAAUCGUUCUUCGCGAUUCGUUGUAUCUUUAGGUUCGUCGUGGUAAUUUCAAACGAUGAAUUAACGCAAUUUCGAACUUGGUCGCUUCCGAUCUAAAAUCGCUUGCCACCGCCGUGUUGUUUCAAGAGCCGCAGAACACGUUCAGUUUAAGUACUUGUAUAUUAUAUUUUGUAUCGUACAACUGUGCUCGUUUGUAGACUAUCGAGAAAUAUAACAGAAAGAUAACGGUUAUGUUAGUUGAUCAAUUUGAAAUCGCGAAGCGGCGGUUGUCGUGUCUUCGCGGCGGCCAUCUUUGAAAUUGCGCUUCGGCGCGCCCGCCAUGUUUACGCGGUUCCGCGAAGGCGACGGACGAAAGGAGAAGCUGUUCCACGCGAACGGGGAAAACUGCUGAGCGCGUUGUACAUAAAUAGAUAGGUAUAAAGGCGACGAGAGGAAAUAACGAGAGGGAAGGAACCUUGAGGGACUAAAAAGCGAACAAACUAUAUUAAAAACGGCGGCGAAAAACGGAGGAAAACGACAGAGAGCUGGCGGAGCAAACGGACAUCAUUUUCAUAGAUCGAACCAGUAUUGCAGUGUAUUCUGCUGCCGCUUUAAUAUUUUACUAUGUCGUAUUUACUCGAAUCGAAAAAGAGGACACGUUGACACACGACAGAACACGAGUACACACGCGAACAUACACGAACAAACACACGAUCGACCAUAUGUGCACAUAUACGAUAGAGAGUCGGCGAAAAGAUGAAAGUGUUUCC